AUGUGACUUUAUUUGGAAAUAGGGUCAGUGGAGAUGUAAUUAAUUAAAAGAUGAGAUCAUGUUGGAGUAGAGUGGGCCUGAUCCAGAGUGACUGGUGUCCUUAUAAGAGGAUGAAAAUGUAGACACAGACACAGAAAGGAGACAGCUAUGUGAUGACAAAGGCAGACACGGGAAUACCGCAGGCUGUGAGGAAUGCCAGGGAUCCUGGCCCCCACCGGAAGUUAGGAGAGGCAAGGAGGGAUCCUGCCAGGGUCUGGGAGCGCCGAUAACUUGAUUUUGGGCUUCUGGCCUCUGGGACUGUAAAUAAUAAAUCUGUUUAAAGCCACCAGUUUGUGGUACUCUGUUGUGACAACCCUUGGAGACUGAUACAACUGGAUAUUGUCAACUCCCCAUCCCAGGUGUGAGCUCCUGGCACAGGAAUCUCCAUCCCAAAUUUGGAGCUUCAUUCCUGGGCAGGUCUUUUACAUCCUUUUAGCACAUGAGUGCGUCUUCCUGAAAGAGUGCCAUUUGGAUCGUUUUGGGUUUCUUUUCAUUUUUUUAAAAAAGGUUUUAAUGUGUACAAUUCUGUGGUUUCCAGUGUACUCACAAAGUUGUGCAACCACUGGCACAAUCUAAUUCCAGAACAUUCCAUCACUCCAAAAAGAAGCCCUGUUGCGCUAAGCCCGUGGUCCACAAACUGCGGCUCGCGAGCCACAUGCGGCUCUUUGGCCCCUCGAGUGUGGCUCUUCCACAAAAUACCAUGGCCUGGGCGAGUCUAUUUUGAAGAAGUGGCCUUAGAAGAAGUUUAGGUUGAAAAAAUGUGGCUCUCCAAAGAAAUUGUUGAAGAAUGAGUUUGUGACCACUGCACUAAGCAGUCACCCCCAGUCCCUCUCUCCAGGAAUCCACACCCUGUCGCUGAGCAUGUGCCUGUUCUGGACAUUUCACAUACAUAGAACCUCACACUGUGUGCCUUGUGUGUCUGGCUCAUCCAUGUUGCGGUGUGUGUCAUGUUUUGUAGGCUUUAAAAGUUCACGUACAUUUUCUUACAUCACCCAGAGCCUUUCCCAUAAUGUCCGGAUUCGGAGAUUCCUCCAAGGCGGGAGGUCCUCUUUUUCACCGGGUAGAGCAUUCCUCCGCUGCUCACUGAGCCAGAUUUCCUGAUGCCGCGAGUUCUAUUCCCAGGGGAUUCUCACCGAGGCCUCCUGGUGCCCGAGCCUCCUUCUUCCUCUGUAACCUGGGGUCCAUUUAUUACCUCAUCAAAUACCGCCCGAGGACCUGCUCCCUGCGUCCUGGCCCCGGGCCCCCUUAGACAGGGGAACAAGAGACCAGAACCCCUGCCCUCCUGGAGCUGACAUUGCAGUUGGGAAGACAAGACACAGAAGGAUAAGUAAAAAUCAUCUGGUUUGUCAGUGAUGCCCAGUGCUGGGGAGAAAGAGAAAGCUGGGAAGACAAAUCGAGGUAGCUAGAGGAGGUGACAUUUGAGCAAAGAGCGGAAGGAAGUGAGGGAAGGAACCACCUGGAGAUGUGGGAGAAGAGGCCCCGGGUGGGGCAGAGGGUACAGCACAAGCAAAGGCCCUGGGGCAGGACUGUGCCCUCCCUGGGAGUCCAGGAACAGCUGAAGCCCUCGUGAGCGAGGAGGAGAGAGCGAGGACAGGGAUGGAAUGGGGGCAGGUCGUGCGAGGCCAUCUGGGCUGGGGAAAAACCCCACUUUUGCCGUGAAGGAGGAGGGAGCUCUGGAGGGUGGUGGGCAGAAGGACAGAUGGGUCUCAGGUUAUACCAGGGUGACCUUACUUCCACCUCCCAGGGCUGAUGCAAGGAUUAAAGGAGGGCUUGCAGAGUGAGCUCUCGGCGCGUUCCGAGGUCCCACUCCCUUUUUGUGAUCCGUUUUUCCCGCUGUCCAAUGCAGGCCCCGCGCAGCACCCAGCCUCCUCGGGGAGCGCGCAGCUGGCCCUGGCGGGGCCUGGACACCUGGGGCGGCCCCCCUCCCGGCACCCCGCGGUGUCGCCUUCCCGGGCGGCUCGGGUUCCUGGAUCCCCUUACCCGGGCAGCUCGGCUGUCGCGCCCUGGGCCGGGGGAGGGGAGGGAGGCGGCAGGAAGCAGCGGAUCCGGCGGUGGCGGCGGCGGCGGCGGCGGCCCGGGUCGCCCAGCUCCUCCGGCCAUGGAGAGCGCCGCGGCCCGCGAGGCCCGGGGGGCCGAGGCCCCGCGCCCGCCCGUGCCCGCGCCCGCGCCCGCCGAGCCCCCCGCCGCGCCCCGCGCCCGCCCGCGCCUGGUCUUCCGCACGCAGCUGGCGCAUGGCAGCCCCACCGGCAAGAUCGAGGGCUUCACCAACGUCCGCGAGCUCUACGCCAAGAUCGCCGAGGCCUUCGGGAUCGCGCCCACCGAGAUCUUGUUCUGCACCCUGAACAGCCACAAGGUGGACAUGCAGAAGCUCCUGGGCGGCCAGAUCGGCCUGGAGGACUUCAUCUUCGCGCACGUGCGCGGCGAGACCAAGGAGGUGGAGGUGACGAAGACGGAGGACGCCCUGGGACUGACCAUCACGGACAACGGCGCGGGCUACGCCUUCAUCAAGAGGAUCAAGGAGGGCAGCAUCAUCAACAGGAUCGAGGCCGUGUGCGUGGGGGACAGCAUCGAGGCCAUCAACGACCACUCCAUCGUGGGCUGCCGCCACUACGAGGUCGCCAAGAUGCUCCGCGAGCUGCCCAAGGCCCAGCCCUUCACCCUGCGCCUGGUGCAGCCCAAGAGGGCCUUCGACAUGAUCAGCCAGAGGAGCCGGAGCAGCAAGUGCCCCGUGGAAGCAAAAGUGGCCAGCGGGCGGGAGACCCUGCGGCUCCGCUCUGGGGGGGCUGCCACAGUAGAGGAAGUGCCCAGUGAGUUUGAGGAGGAGGCCUCUCGGAAGGUGGAUGACCUGCUGGAGAGCUACAUGGGCAUCCGGGACCCAGAGCUGGCGUCCACCAUGGUGGAGACGUCCAAGAAGACAGCGAGCGUUCAGGAGUUUGCACGCCGUUUAGACUCCGUCUUGGGCGAGUUCGCCUUCCCGGACGAGUUUGUGGUGGAGGUGUGGGCGGCCAUCGGGGAGGCCAGGGAGGCCUGUGGCUAAUUUGCUCCGGGGCCGAGCGCAGCCCCAGUCCGGAGCCCAGUCCCCUGCCCCAGCCCUGCAGGCUGGUUCCUGAAACCCAGCCCUGCUCCAGAGCCCAGCCCAGACCCGAGACACAGCCCCCCUCCAGA